AUUUCCGGUCCACGUUAUCAGCAGCCCAAAGCACGAAAAAGAAAUACUCGCAAAAAAAAGCACGAAAAAAAUGAGAGAGAGAGAGAGAGGACAAAGGCGUUGGGGGCAGGGGCAACAGGGGCAUUUGCACCCACCGAAUUGGCCUGCGCGGUGCGACUAUAUCUGCGCCAUGCCGUCCCGUGCCAAGCUUCAUCUCCUCAGACUCAAGACAGCGCGCGUGCUGCACCCUGCGCACCACACGUACCACUCCUCCACCUACAAAGCUCGUACGUACGCUGGCACGCGCACGCGCGCGCGGCUUAUCAUGGAGGUGAGCGGCUCGGCGCACGACCUCGGCGACAGCUUCUCCUACGGCUGGCUCAACCAGGCGCCGCCCUCCUUCGACCGCCUGGCUGCCGACGCCGGUCAGUAUUCCUCCGGGGGCUCCAGGUCCUCCUUCAUCGACAUGGAGGACCCCUCCGAGCUCUUCUCCAUGCGGUGGACCACGACGGCGGCGACCGACUUUGACUUCGGCCUCCCGGCGCCAGGCGACGGAGGCGCCGCGUCCCCCGCGCAGCUGGUCAGCGCCAGCCAGAUCUUCCGCGGCGGCCGCCUCCUCCCCUGCGAGCCCGGCGGCUGCUCCGGCACCUCUGUGCAAGAAGACGGCGACGGCUCGGUGGCCCGUCGCGCCAAGGACGCCGUGCCGCGGUUGUCGCCUCCGUCGUCGCCGCUGUUCCACUCGGCGCAGAGCACGCCGCUGUCGCUGAGCGCGUGCUCCAGCGCGACGAGCAAGCACGCCGGGCAGCGCCCGAUGACGAGGCGGCGCGGCGGGUCGUCGCCGUGGAAGGUGCUGCUGAGGUACGUGCGGUUCCUGAUGCCGCUGUACCGCAAGGCCCGGGCGAGGCACGCGCACAGCAGGGUGGCGCCGGCGGGGAGCCCGUCGCGCGGGUCCACGUCGAGCGCCGUCGAGUGGUGCCACGGCAAUGCCGACACGGCCGUCCACGACGCCAUCCUCUACUGCAAGAAGUCCAGCGGAAAAGAUGCACUGCCAUGAAGGAGACCAGUCGCCGAUCACCGAGCGCAUGAGUUUCUUAAUCCGCGAGAGCUUUGCAUGACCUUGUGUUGUGCCAUCUCAGCUCGAGUUCGUGUCCGAUUUUAUUUUUGUGCGUGUUCUUCGAAUGCCUUGGUGUGUAUAUAUAUGACAGUGUUAUAGAUGUAUGCUUAAUUAACCCGUGUAUGAAUGCUGUGUCUCAUGGAUGGGCUCCGUUUUCAUU